GGGAGAAUCCAAUCCGGUUUGAGCUAGUUUUUGUUCCAAUCGAACAUUAACGUCUUGCUAGGCUGUAAUAGAACGUACUGUUUGAAUCUUAUACCGAACAUACUGUAUUUUCUUUCUCGGUUUUGGAAGAUUUCCCUGUUUUUUUCUUUACACGAAACAGCCAUGCCUAAAAGGAGCAAAGCAAAUGCUGAUUCUGAGGCAGCAGAGCCCAAGAGAAGAUCUGAGCGAUUGGUUAACAAACCGGCUACUCCAAAGGCAGAGCCCAAGCCAAAGAAGGAGAAGGCAGCACCUAAGCCCAAGAAGGCUAAAGAGGUGAAGAAGACUGAGCCUGAGGAGAAGGAGGAGGUGCCCGCAGAGAAUGGGGAAGCCAAAGCUGAGGAUGAGGCACCAGCCACAGAUGAACCUGAACAGAAAGAUGAUGAAGAGGAGGCAGCAGAAUAACAUCUCUCAAACCACAUCUUUUAUCAGUGCUCCCUGUACCUCUUUUUCUUGUACAAUUCAGGGGAAUAUUUUUAUCGACUUUUCUAAAUGCAGGUUUUUUAGUAGUUUGAUUGUAGAAACAUUUUUUUAUGAAACAAAAUAAAUUUGGAGACAGGGAUUUCAAUGCAUCCCGCAUUUUUACAUCUCCGGAACAAUUAUGGUCAUUGUAAAUUGUCAAAUGUUUUUAUUUUCAAUGUAGGGGAAAGAAGGGGUGGGACAGGUUGCUGUAUCAAGAACAUGCAAUCACGUCGUUUACAGGAUCCGGUUGAAACAACAGAGCUUGCCUAAAAAGAGACUAACAUUCCAUAGGCUAUAUGAGGGACGGUAUAUGUAACCUGCAUUGUGUGGUGGGGAGGGGAUGAAUAACUGAACACAUUGUUGUAUUGUUUAUAAUGAGGAAAUGCGUUUUAGAAUGUUUGUAAGCUGUGUUCCACAUGUUAACUCUUGUACUCAUGGCAACUUUUUUUUGCUUUUUUUUUUUUUUUUUCGAACCAUUCUGCUUAAUAAACCUUUUCUCUAGUACUGGAGUUUCUCCCUAUCAGGCCUGUGCAUUGCGCGUAAUUGGUUUUGUCUUUGUUUUGUGAUAGCAUUGCAAUACAUUUGUAUAGAUGCUGUUAAAAAGGGUUUUCAAACAUUAUAUGCAGUGUGUACACUGUGAGGAUGGUAAAAAUGGAAUUCUGUGUUUUUAGCAAAGCUAAUGACAUGCAUAACAGUGUGAUACAAACAGUGGAUUAUAGUUCCUUGAAUGCAGAGACUGUGCGUCCACUGGAGCUGUCAAAUACACACACCAGCAGUAGCAAUAUUCAUAUGCGUUUUAGGUAUCAAGUUCAAGUGUACAGUUUCUUUUAUUUGUUUAUAGAUGUAUCUGUGUAAUGAUUGGUAUAAACCAAUAAAAUGUGGUUAUAAUUGUUGUCUAA